UCUCUUGGCGUUGUGGAGGAGGGAGAGCCAUCUAUGCCACCAAAUUCACCUCCUCCUCUUCCUCCGCCGCCUAGGCCAUUCUCCGAGUCGUCGACCCUCCUCCGAUCAUUUCCAAGAAGCGUUCUUGCGCGAAGAAUCGACCUCUCUCCGAAAAAUUGGAACUUGAGCCUUGUCUGAAGCAAGAAGCUGUCACUGUACCUAUAUCCACUGCAAAGAAACUCCUUUAAAGAUUCUGGAAAAUGGUGGCUUGCUUGGUUUGUCUUCGGAAGAAUAUAAUAAAGUGGUUAUUUUAGACGCAAGCGAACGGGAAUCUACUGUUCAUCACUGUGUUCGGAGCUUGUGGCGACUUUGCCAAGAAGACAAAACUUCCUGCCCUUUUCGCACUUUAUUAUGAAGACUGCCUUCCAGACGUCUGGUUUAUCAUUCAACUGAACUUGGUUAUGCACGAACGAAGAUGAUUAGCAAGACACUUUCGUGCAGAAUUGACAAAAGGGAGAAUUCUGGUGAGAAGAUGGAGCAGUUUCUGAAAAGAUGCUUCUAUCAUGCAGGUCAAUGUCUUGCGAAGCCUGACAAGAAGCUGAAAGAAGACGGGCUAGUUCUUGUAUCUAUAAGAUGAGGAUAUCCUCAAUUUUAGAAGUUUGACUCUGAUGAAGGGUGCAGCCUCACGACAAGCUCAUUCACAUGAAGGUCAAUAACAAGAUUCCUUGAUUGGGAAUGAGAUUAGACCAAAGUCUCAUUUAUAUCUUCUUUAUGCAUCAAGAUACUCCAAGGAGAUACCAGAUGUGCAUGAGUGGCUGCUUCUUGAUGCCAUGGAGGUAGAAUGAAGGCUGUUCAUUUGUUCUGGUGAACUGGAUGCUGCUUGAGAGCUGUUCAUGCCACUGCUCAGGAAUUUUGAGGAGAAUAUAGCCUCAGGGCUCUACCUUUACAGGAACCAUGCACCAAUAAGAGCCCAUUAUCUUGCAGCCAAAUACAAUGUCAGUUGUAGUGACCUCAGUGCAUCAGAGUAAUAUUUUUGCUGCCACUUUAGCAGGAGACACACCAAUAAAUUAAUUCAAGAGAACCACAGAUAAGCAAUAACAUUUGGGCACUGUGUUGUUCCUCUUUAAUUUUGCUGCAUAAAUGCACUGCCAUAUAGGCUUGUAGGAAUCUAAAGUUUGGUAAUCAGCAUGACAUAUAGUUGGGUUUCUUCUUUGUACAGUACAGUACUGGCAACAGAUUUCAUGGUGGACUUCUAUCAGCUCGAAGGUGUUCAACAAGUCCCGACUAUUUGAAAUUCUACUUGGCAAUGCCCUGUGGAGAGGAUGGAGGACUGCGCAAAGAUGACUGCGUUGAGGACAAGCCGCGGCACAGCACCGAGACACUGUGGUGGUUCAAUGCAACUUGUAUGAUGCCAUUCUUUGUGCAGGAAGGGGUGGGUUGGAAUCUGUGGUGGUGCUGCAGCAGUGUGCCAGCAACAGGCAUCAAGCAAUACUAGGAGAAGUUGCAAUGGUUGCAACAUUCUACACACUCGAGCCCCGGAAGCCUUUCAUCCAUGGUGUCAUAUAUCCUUCCCUUGGCUGAGGUUUUCAUGACAAAUGGUGGAGCAAAGAUAAAGAAUCAUGUAUCGAGUACCUUUUCCCUUUAAUUCGGACGACACCCACGAAGACAACCAUGUUCAUUCAAGCUCUAAAUCUUCUCCCACAAAGACAAAGGAGAAGCCCGGGAAGCGUAAUCAAUGAUUUCUCUUGUCGAGUGAGGUGAAUUGUAUUGCUUCUGAGAACCAUGAGGGGUUGAUGUAGUCCUUCAGGAGGCCAUAUGGUGGUGUAUAAGUGUAUCGAGUCCCCACACAUCAGAUUUGUGAGAGAUGAUAUCACCCUUCAUAACAGGUUCCCAUGACAAGGGCCUAUAAGAUUGGGAUCUACUGCAUAUUCUAGAUUCAGCUGAAAGCUCCACCUGGAAGGAAGGAGCUCAAGUGUUCCCAGACUCCAUGAUAUCCCCAUUGAUAAGGUCAGGAUAGGCUACCCAAUCAGGUCAGACAGUGGAUGGAUCAGGCAAAGAAUGACCCACCAAGUGAGAGCCAAAAAGGACGACGACAUUAAUACAUGAGCAUCUGGUUCUUCUUCUGUUUUCAUCUCCUUCUCCGUUCUCUCUUUCCCUUCCCCCCCACCCCACCCCCCGCCCGCGGCGAAUCCAGUGACAUUCCCUCGCCAAGGCCGUUUAAAGCCCACAAAACAUUAGCAUCUCUGCAAUCUUUGCACCAUAAGGUUUCCCCGAAGCUGCCCCAGGCACUGGUGGUGGGCUCGGCUGUCCAAGAGAGCAUAGACCGGCAGGUGGUGAUGGCCUCCCAACCUAACGUGGAUGCCCAACUGCAAGCCACAGUAGAGAAGGGGGAGCAAAGGCGGCACCUUGCGCCGAAGCGGAGCUCCAACAAGGACCGCCACACCAAGGUUGAGGGCCGCGGUCGCCGGGUCCGUAUGCCCGCCCUAUGCGCUGCGCGCAUCUUCCAGCUCACCCGCGAGCUCGGGCACAAGACCGACGGCGAGACCAUCCAGUGGCUUCUCCAACAGGCGGAGCCCUCCAUCAUCGCCGCCACGGGCUCCGGAUCCAUCCCGGCCUUGGUCCUCACGUCGUCCUCUGCCGGCGCCAGCUCUACCCCGACUGCUUCCGCCACGGCCUCGGUCGGCCUGCACCACUACAACCUCCAAGAAUUAGGGCAGAGCAGAGCUAAUUGGGCGACGCCCGGCAGUCAUCUUGGGCGAUCCCACCCGGAAUUUUGGAUGACGCCGGUCGACGGGUCCAAUGCUAGUUUCUUACAAUCAGCAACGGCGGCAGUGCCUCUGGUGUCGAAUAUGCCGAGAUUUGGGUUUAGCGGGCUGGAAUUGCCCACCAGUGGCAUCAACCCGAUGACCUUCGUGCCACUGCUGGGCGGCCAGCGGCAGCCGAUGCCGGGACUAGAGUUCUCAGUUUCGCAACAUGGGCAAGUUGGGAUUUUUAAACCUCAGCCACUGAGUCAAUUCUAUCAGCAUAUAGCGCAGGGCAGCGGGAACAGCGCCGGGAGUUAUCAGUUGCAGCAGCAAGAACAAGAACAACAACCGUCUCUCACCUCUGAUGAAAAUUCAGAGGGAUCGACGCAAUAGGAAACAUUGGAAUUUGACGAGUUCGAUUUAUACACUCGAAGGGAAGGCUGUCACCAUCUUGAAACAAAGAGAGCUACAGUGGCUCCUAUCCUCGACCUCCUCUUUGCUGUACUUCUUCUCCAUGUCGUCGCAGCUAGUAUCCUUGGUCUCUCGAUCAUUCAGGUGCAGCAGACCGGUACCGGGCAUUAGGCUGGCUAUGAUCCCUUGGUGAAGGUGGACAACCUGUGUCGCUGCACCAUUCCAACUCCAUGUUGAUUGUGCCAAUCUGUUUCUACGAGAUCACUGUCGAGUUCCGGCGUGCAUGGCACAGAGCCUUGAAGAGUAUGUCUCCUGCAACUGAGUCACUGGUGAUAGAACCAGAACGGCUUACAAGUGUGCAGGGUAAGAGCAGCUCGAUCUAAUUUGGAUAAUUGUGAUUGUAUUGAAGUGCAUGGCCGGAUGGGACAAUUAUGUUUCCGAGAACAGUAUGCUUGAAGGAUUCUGUGAGAGUCCUUCCAAGCUUUUGAUUAGAGUUUUCAUUUAUAA